GGCGGGAGCGACGGCGGGCCGCGCUGAGCGGCCGGAGGUACUUCUCCGCUCCGGCCGAGGACGCCGCGGGCGGAAGGCGAGGCCCGGCCGGGAACUUCCCCGGGCUGCCGUACGACGCGGUGUCGGUACCAGAGGGUGGCUGCGAGGACUGAGAGUGACCACGUGUACAGAGCGCAUGCGCCGGCCGCCAGGUGUGAUCAGCACUGGGAAAGAUGCCAGCUCCAGCUACCACAUAUGAAAGAAUAGUUUACAAAAAUCCCUCCGAGCACCACUACAUGAAAGUCUGCCUAGAGUUUCAAGAUUGUGGGGUUGGCCUGAAUACUGCACAGUUCAAACAACUGCUUGUUUCAGCCCUGAAGGACCUGUUUGGGGAGGUUGAUGCUGCCUUACCCUUGGACAUCCUGACCUACGAAGAGAGGACCUCGUCAGCCAUCUUAAGAAUAUGUAGCAGUGGUCUUGUCAAAUUAUGGAGCUCUUUGACUCUGUUAGGAUCCUAUAAAGGCAAGAAAUGUGCUUUCAGAGUGAUUCAGGUUUCUCCAUUUCUCCUUGCAUUAUCUGGUAAUAGUAGGGAACUAGUAUUGGAUUGAGUAGUCUUCAAUUUCAGCAACAUUCCUCUGCUCUCAAAAGAACUUUUUGGUACCAGCAUAAUGUUUGAAGACUGAAGCAGGCUAAAAGCUCCUGUUGGUGGAAUUUGGGGGUGCUGCAAGAUGUUCCCAGUAAUUUCCAGCCAUUGCCUUUGGUGGGGUGGGCUUCAGAGGAGAAUCCGCCUAAACCAAGCAGUGUUAAGCAGGCAGCACUUGCAGCAUAUGCACAUCAGAGUUGGAGACCGGGCUGAACUCAGCAGGGCUUUCACACAGAGGGACGUGGCUACCUUCUCAGAAUUAACGGGAGAUGUCAAUCCUUUGCAUUUAAAUGAAGAUUUUGCAAAACACACCAAGUUUGGAAAGACAAUUGUACAUGGAGUUUUGAUCAAUGGACUUAUUUCAGCUCUACUGGGUACUAAAAUGCCAGGGCCAGGUUGUGUAUUUCUUUCCCAGGAAAUUAAAUUUCCAGCCCCUUUAUAUGUUGGAGAAGUUGUUUCAGCUUCUGCAGAAGUGAAAAAGCUGAAGCGGUUCAUUGCUGUUAUUGCGGUGUCAUGUUUUGUAAUAGAAAGUCAAAAGACUGUUAUGGAAGGCUGGGUUAAAGUUAUGGUCCCAGAAGCUCCCAAAUCCUGAAAUAUGUGUUUAAAGAUGCAAAUUCAGGCAUUAAUAUUAUUGUUAUUGAAGAGUCUCUGAGGAAAACAGGGAUUGCUGCUUUUCACCAAGGAGUGGCUGAGAGAUCCAGAAACCCAUACUGGGGGAGGGGAACACGUGGAGGGGUGUUCAGAUGUCUACUUUCCAAUUUGGCCUUAUGCUUCACACGGAUGUGAGUAUAUUCAUCAUUUGUCUAGGUUUUUAAAAAUGACAAAAGUAUUGGGAAAUUUUUCAUUUAGCUAAAGGUUCUACUUUUAGGAUUUGAAACCUAGUUAGAUUUGCAUAAAGGUAAUAAACCUACCUAUAUCUGUGUAGAAUAUAAGUUUCUCACUGCAUUUGUAACUAGCUGGCAUUUAAUUAUUGAAGGCAACGAUAGAAGUUGGGUCAUCUUUGAGCACCUACCUUUUACCGGUAAAUAUUCUUAGUUCCUGUUUUUCAGUAGUUUCCAGGUCAGAGUUUAUUGUAAUUUGUUACUGUUUACACCAAGCUGGCAUCUUGCUCAACCUUCAGUGGCACUUGCCUUUCACAUGGUUUUCCUGAAUUGAGAGAAGGGCUUGUGUGCAGGUUUGGACUCAGUUAUGUAAAAUCUUUCAGCCUAGCUACAAGUAGCUAAGCCGAGGCCUAGCCUGUAAAUAGUAGCUAACUGUUAUUGUCCAUUCUCCCCUGUGAAUGAGAUUAGAGGUUGUCCAGAGUUUAAAGCUAACUGGCCCACAGUUAAACAGAAAACAGACCAAUCUUUCAGGACGUCAACCAAUCUCUAUUGGUAUUCUAAACCUGGAACAGAUCUUGAAUGCAAAGUUUCUAUUUUAGUAAUCCAGAUUAUUUUUUCCCUCCCUUGAAAAUAUUGUGGGUUGUUCCCCCCCAUUAUAUAAAUAAUGUUUGUGUGUUGUAAAAUAUUAAAAGAAAUAAAAAGUAUAAGGAACACAUGGAGGCCAGCUUCUUAAGAGCUGAGGGGUAUUGAAGACAUUGUGCCUCAUGUGUUAGUACUAAAUGGUCAUCUCCAACACAGCCAUCACUUUUAAGACAAGAAUCUGUAAUGGAACAUACAUGUGGUCUACCUGUGCUCUUUGGUUUUAGACAGUGUCUCUAAACCACAGCUAGAUGCUUUGAUCAGGAAGGUAAGAUCAAGUUUAAUUGGUUGGAUCAACCCAUGUUACCUGGAAAAAAGGUUUUUCUCCUGCUGGUGGAUCAGUAACUAGAUUUUUAAUUUAUUUAUUUAUUUUACAUCAAGGGAUCAGUUAAAUGGAUUACUAGAAAGAAUUAUUCUAGUCACUAGAGGGCAGUGAUGCAUAUAAAUAAAGUGUUUUAAAAUGGUUUAAUAUUGUACCAUACUCUAGUUUGUGACGGUGAGA